GCAGUUCGGAUGCGCGUCGUGCGAGGACGGAGUUUCAGUUAGCGGCGAGCCGCUGUCGAGGUAGGGUCGUUUUGUCGCCGGUUCUGAAUUUUUUUUCCCCGAUCACACAACCGCGGCGAUUCCCUCCUUCCCGUUCGCCGUUCGGACGGACCUCCGUGUCCCGUCGUUUCCGGGGAGAUCGUAGCCAGGGUGAAGUUUGCGGAUCCGUCUCCGAGUGUGAAAGUUAAAUAGGAAAGAAAGAGGGAAAAAGAACUUUUUUUUCGAAGCGGGCAGUGAGCGACCCAAGAGCGGCGGUCCUCGGACAGCAGAGUCCGGUGAUCGGUGUGAACAGUGCUGCGUAUCAUACGUUCAUUUUCGCGAGACUAAAAGCGCGCACGGUUAUAAAUCCGUUUCGUCCGUUUUCCGUCGUCGUGUCAUCUCGCGUGGCGUCUCGGUCGGUACCGAUAUAUAAUGUGAGGAGCGGUUGGUGAGUGACAGGGACGAAUUUCGGAGUGACAGAAAUUAAACGGCUCUCAACAUGACAACGCGGUGCGGGGAAGCCUAGGAGUACGAUCGCCGCGUCUCAGAGUGUGUUGUUUUUUUCUUGCCACUCAAGUGGCGGAAACAAAGAAGCGGAGAGGCCAACGAAAAAGUCCCUUGGUCAAACGUACGCGUCGCGCUAGAUCGCGAAAUCGCGGAGCGGCAGAAAAAGGAGGAGUGAGAAAGUGCAAACGGAGUGCAGCAGCAUGACGGAGAAACGUAGCCGCUGCUGCUGCUGGCCGCCGUGGCUCGUCGUCCUCGGGACGAUCCUGGCGGUGCUGCAGCACGCGGCCCGCGGCGAGAUCUACACCGGCAAGAUGUUCUCCAGCCAGCAGAACCCGAGCGACCCGUGCUACGACGAGGACCGGCCGCGCCGGUGCAUCCCGGACUUCGUGAACGCGGCGUUCGGCGCGAGCGUCGAGGCGUCGUCCACGUGCGGCACCGGCGGGCCCACCCGCUACUGCGACGUAACCGACGAGCCCGGCGGCACCACCGGGAUCGGCCACUGUCACGUGUGCGACGACAGCACGCCCCGCCGGCGCUUCCCCGCGAAUUACCUGACCGACCUGAACAACCCGAACAACGUCACCUGCUGGCGCAGCGAGCCGCUCGUCAGCUCGCAGAGCUUCUCGGCGCCGCCCGACAACGUCACCCUGACCCUCUCGCUCGGCAAGAAGUACGAGCUAACGUACGUAAGCCUGCAGUUCUGCCCGCGCGCCGCCAAGCCGGACUCGAUCGCGAUCUACAAGUCCAUGGACUACGGGAAGACCUGGCAGCCGUUCCAGUUCUACUCGUCGCAGUGCCGCCGGGUCUACGGCCGGCCGAACCGCGCCACCAUCACCAAGGCGAACGAGCAGGAGGCACGGUGCACCGACAGCCACCGUUACACCGGCGGCGACGGCCUCGGCCCGGUCGGCAGGAUCGCCUUCAGCACCCUCGAGGGCCGACCGUCCGCCGCCGACUUCGACAACUCCCCGGUACUCCAGGACUGGGUGACCGCCACCGACAUCCGGGUGGUGUUCAACCGGCUGCACAUGCCGCAACUGUCCGGCGGGGAUCCCCAGGUGUCCCCCUCGCUCAACGGCGGCAACGGCGGGCCGUCCGAGACGGAGCAUCACGGCGGCGUCGCGGCGAUCGGCCUCGAGGAGCUGACCAAGCGGGAGCGGGAGCGCGAGGAGCAGCGGCUCAAGAGCCAGAAGAACGCCGCGAUCCUGUUGCACCACGCAGCGGCGCAGGAUCCCCUGGUGACCGCUCUGCCCUCGGUCCACCAGGUGAUCGCGCCCCACCACCAGGAGAUGCAGUCCAACGACGCGCUCGACGUCGCCGGGAUGCGGGACAUGGGCUUCGUCCCGGUCACCCUCUCCUCGACCACGACCACGCUCGCGAGCGUCAACUCGCUCAACGGCCUGGGCCCGGCCACCACCGCCACCAUGGCUCACCACUACGCGGUCUCGGACUUCGCGGUGGGCGGCAGGUGCAAGUGCAACGGACACGCGGCGCGCUGCAUCCCCGGCAAGGACGGCGAGGUCGUCUGCGAGUGCAGGCACAACACCGCCGGCAGGGACUGCGAGCGGUGCCGGCCCUUCCACUUCGACCGGCCUUGGGCCAGGGCCACCGCCAGGGACGCCAACGAGUGCAAAGUGUGCAACUGCAACCUCCACGCGAGAAAGUGCAGAUUCAACAUGGAGCUGUACAAGCUGUCGGGCCGUGUCAGCGGAGGCGUUUGUCUGCAGUGCCGGCAUUUUACGGCAGGGAGGCACUGUCAUUACUGCCGCGAAGGUUACUACAGGGACCCGGCGAGACCGAUCACGCAUCGUAAGGCCUGCAAACCGUGUGACUGCCAUCCGAUAGGAGCUUCUGGAAAGACCUGUAACCAGAGCAGCGGCCAGUGUCCCUGCAAAGACGGCGUAACCGGUAUUACUUGCAACAGAUGCGCCAGGGGCUACCAGCAGAGCAGAUCGCAUAUUGCGCCUUGCAUCAAGAUACCCAGGGUCGUGCAGACGCAGGGCACGGCUGGCGAGGAGAGCGGCGAGCACGAGGACGACGACGAGCGCGGAUACGAUGGACGAGCUGAUCAGUGCGGAAAGUGUCGCGCCAGCACGAAGAGGCUAAAUCUCAACAAGUACUGCAAAAGAGACUACGCUGUUCUGGGCAGAAUAACAGACAGACACAAGAAAAGCGAUGGCUCGCAGGCUGGCACGAGCGUAUCAGGCACAUCCUGGAUCCGAUUCACUCUAAACGUCGAUUUUAUCUACAAGAAAAACCCUAACUCGAGGAUUCGACGUGGCGACAUAUCCCUUUACGUUCAUUCGGCAGAUCUGGCUUGCAGAUGCCCCAAAAUCAAGCCAAAUAAGUCGUACUUGAUCCUUGGCCAAGAGAGUGACGGCAGUGGCCAAGGUGGACUCACAGUGACACAGAGGUCGAUCGUCAUCGAGUGGCGCGACGAAUGGCAUCGCCGAAUGCGCCGUUUCCAACGAAGGGCGAGAUCGUGCCAUUGAGAUGCUCGUACGUCGCGGAAAGAGAGGAAGAGAUAGAAAGCAAGAUGGAGAGAAAGAUAGUGAAUGAAAGAAUGAGAGAGAGAGAGAAAGAGAGAGAGAAGAGAGAGAGAGAAAGCGAGAAAGAGUGUGUGUGCGUAUAUGUAUUUGUGUGUAUGUAAGAAUGAGAGAAAGAGAGAAAGAUAGUGUGUGAAAGAGAGAGAGAAAGAGAGAGAGAGAGAGAGGGAGAGAAACAGAGAGGAAAAGAGAGAAGUCAAUCCCCUCCCAACCGUAUUCGUAGGAACCUGCAUAUCUUGAUUUCCCGACCGCGAAUACCGGUAUCGGGGGUGCCGAUUUUGUUUUGCGUAUUCAUCGGCGAUCCUACGUCGAAAGCAAGACACGAGGAAGGAAGACGAAAGGGGGAGCAGCGAUUUUUUUUUUUUUUUUCAAGACGAGCGCGUCCGCCCCGCGAAGCGACGCGAGCAAUGCACGUUUAUCAUAUAGAAGGUGCGAUCGAUCAGACGUAUGCUGAGGGAAUGAGCAAAAGCUCGGACGAUCCGUGUUAUCGUAUCGAUAAAUAUUUUUUCAAUUUCUCCCUAUUUUUCAAGUCGAUCUGAAAAGUACUCUCGAACUUCACCCUGACUUUCGCGAAGCACGUGUCCCUUGAAGAAGGAAAUACAAACUCUGAUCCAAGUUUCAUUCACUUCAACAUGGCAAUUUCGCUGUUCGGACGAACGUCUCUCUGUAGAGCAGGCGCAUUUCUCGAUGUCUCGAUUCACUUCUGACAUUUGCUGCGCGACAUUUCUCCGUGACAAGCGAUUCAUUGAACGGCAUGAAUCUUUGAUGGCACGAUCGCCGUUCGCACCCCGAUAAAUCGCGCGUCCGUGGGAAAUGUCGCGAGAUUAAAUGCGGGGUCGAAUUUACGCGACAGAUUCAAUUACUCUGGAAUACCGCGUACAUUCAACGGCGAAUAAUCGCUUGAAUAUGUUGUCGUAUUUCUGUUACCGUUAAAUGACUACACCCAAAUCGGGAUUUCGCGCGGAAGACAUUCACUUCCGCGUGUCAUAAUGCUCGUAGCGCGGCCACUGACGCGAUCAAUAGAAAUUGAUGGUUUUAAUUAAGUUGCGUGCAACGAUAUUCGACGAUGCGGAUUGCGCAUGAAACGUGUUAUUAAUAUCGCGCUAUAACACACAAAAUAAUCGAGCCCUUUCGGAACGAUCGCGAAACGCUCCUCCGACGCUUCGAUGGUAAUUCAUAUUCAUCAACAUCAAUUUGCUAUAUACAAAACGCGGACGUGUACAGAUUGUGCGCGCGAUACGAUGCGAGAGCGCGCGGUGAUGUGUACGAACAGAGCGCGUUAAUGCAUCUAUAUUAUUGGAGGCACUAUCAUUAAAGCCUAAUAGAUUCGGCAAAGCGAAAUUAAUUUCGAAAAUCGCACGCGUCGCUGAUGCACGAUGUCUUUAAUCUUGUUCGAGCCCUUUUACAUUGUGCUCAUGAGAACAGAGGGUUGAAGUAAUGAUUGGAAAAGGGACGCACACCAGCAAAACUCCCGUUUGAAGGAAAAAUUUAACCCACGCUUUUGUCUCUUUUUUUAUAUGCGCUGAGCCCACUUACGUUAGCGAAACUGUAAUCUAGAGUAUCAUUCUAUGAUGUAGGAUUGAGAUCAGAAUUUUUUUUUUACUUGUACCUUUUUCUAAAUCCGUCUCAACUUUACAGUUCAAGUUUUAUUUCUCGGGGACAAAUUGCUGACGUACUAAUUAGCUUUCGUAACUUCUAACUAAUUUUGUUUUGUUAUGUUAUUUUAUUCAAUCCUCUUUCUCGAAAGUUGUCUCAAGCCCCGCGCGUAUAUUCAACGUGUAUGAAGAACAGUUAUGUGUAAAAUUACGCGACGUAUGACCGCAAAUUAUGCAUCGCGGCGAUCUUUCGAUGUCGCGGAGUAUAGUAACAGCGAGGUGAAGGUACGUGCGAUAAUAUGUACGCCUCGACUUUAUUCCUAAGAAAACCGCGGCACACCUGCUACGGAAGCAUGAUUCAACCGCGUCCAGCACUAGAGGGCUCGUAUCGCCGUCGGUUACUAAAAGGCUGGCCUCUCCCGAGUAGAGAGACAAGCGCAAAAUGCGUGCGCGCAUGUACCACGUCUAGCCAUUUCAAAUCUGAUUUAUUCGCGGCCGUCUUGUGUCUUGAGAGCCGGUGCACUUGGAGAAAGUGGGCGUGAGAGAUAGAAACAGCGCGAGAAUCCAAUGAAAGAGAGAGGGGGGGGGGGGCAAAAGAAGAAACGAAAACGGACGCAAAGCAAGUAGAUAAGUGGAGAUAUGUUCGGACAUAAAAUAUAUUUAACCGUUAUAUAUUAUCAUUAAGGGUAUAUCACACCUCGGAAUCUGAGGAGCGUUAUCGUUCUCAUCGCCUUGCUAGAAAGCUAAUGUGACUCUCGCUUAUCCGGCGUUAAACAUACAGAAUAAUGAAUCAAGUUCUUCAUUUCUCUUUGAUCAUCUUGAAGAUUUUAUUUUAGCAGAAAGAGAUUUUUUAUUGUAUUGAAUUUAUGUUGUAUUGAAUAUGUUUAAUGUAAUGUUAUAAGUAUCUUAACAAUAAAUUCUCAAAUUAUAAAUUUAGAGUGCGAAAUUUAAAAAAAUAAUGUUUAUUAUCUCUUGCGCUCAUUUUUCCAAAAAUUUUUAAUUAUCAAUUACCUAUGAUCAAAAAAUGAUUUGUUUUUCGAUAGAAAUUAAUUAUAGAAUCUAAUCUAUUUAAAUAUUACUUGAACUAUUAAAAUUUUAAUGACAAAAACUGUAUCAACGCCUGGAUAUCAAAUUCACCGACAGUUGCACUAUGUAGGGUUAAAGAAUUUUUGCCUGAAAGAUAGAAGUAUUUAUAUUUUUUUUCCGCCAUAAAGAUAAUGACCUACAUUUUUAGUAUUGUUGAGUAAUAUUUACUAUGACAAAAGAUUUUUAAACGCCUAGAAUCUUUAUUGUUUUAUUUGACUUUUUAACAAUCUUCCGCAUGCAAACGUAUUAUCUAAGAUUUGUACAUAUCAACGCGAGAGCGUGAAAUAUCACUCUACUUCUGCAAAUUCAAUGGCAUUUGAAAUGCUUAGGUGUGUUGAUUUGCUCGAAUUGAGUGAAUUUGGUGAAAUCAUGUGGAAGCUCGUAUGACGUCGGUUCGUUCGUAAGAUAAAUCGACCUCGACGCACUCGGUUCUAAGAUAUUAGGAAUUCGAGGCGUAUAACGAAUUUAAGUCGUCAACGGGCAUCCGUUUUGCUCAGCUUAAGCACUGCUUCCAGCGGGAGCAAGAUGCGCUCAUCUAAAAUUGGAACGUAUGGCAUUCGCGUCGAGAGACGGAUACGCAUGUCGCGUUUAAUCGAAAGUGAUGUGCGCAGGACCACGCGUUUCGCAAAUCGUUCCCUCGACUGAGCAGGCGUGACAAGAAACCGAACAGCGGGUGUCUUUAUUAAAUGAUUUAUUCGACGAGAUAGAUAUAAAUGUCUCCUUCAACUCUUAAAGUUCUGUACAUAAUGUGUUUGCCGUUAUUUAUAUAAACUUAUCUGGAUAAUUAACUAGAUGAAGAAAUGACUUUACCUUAUUUUUAUUCAGAUAUUCAAAUGUACAUUAUUUCCAUCUUUAUUUUUAAUAAAA